GAUCUUAAUGCUUUCCAAAACCUCAUCUAUAAAUAUAGGACACUUCCCCAUUUCCAUUUCACACUCAAAUAUUUUCUUUAAACCUAAACAAGUCUAAAGUCUAUACAUAAUAACCAAUCAUGGUCAUAAUUUACUCUUUAAGAAACAAUAGUGUCUUUUCUAUGAUAUUAUUAUUGUGGAUUCUUGUGUCUGGUGUUUUUGUUUGGGGAAAACCAGCCACUUUUGAGCAAGACUUUCAUGUCACGUGGUCUGAGUCCCAUAUCAAGCAAAUUGACCAAGGCAGGACAAUCCAACUCAUCCUAGACCAAGGCUCUGGUUGCGGGUUUGCUUCCAAGGUGAAAUACAUGUUUGGCCGUGUUAGCAUGAAGAUCAAACUUGUUCCUGGAGAUUCUGCUGGCACAGUAACUGCAUUUUAUAUGAACUCUGACACUGACUCGGUUCGUGAUGAGUUGGAUUUUGAGUUCUUGGGGAACCGAACUGGACAACCUUACACGGUUCAAACAAACAUAUACGCUCAUGGAAAAGGUGAUAGAGAACAAAGAGUGAACCUUUGGUUUGAUCCUGCUGCCGAUUUCCAUACUUACUCAAUCUUGUGGAACCAUCACCAUAUUGUGUUUUACAUUGAUGAAGUUCCAAUAAGAGUGUACAAGAAUAAUGAAGCAAAGGGGAUACCGUACCCAAAGACGCAAGCGAUGGGAGUAUUUUCAACAUUAUGGGAAGCGGAUAAUUGGGCAACAAGAGGUGGAUUAGAGAAAAUAGAUUGGAGCAAAGCACCUUUCAAUGCAUAUUACAAGGAUUUUGACAUUGAAGGAUGUGCAAUAGCAAUACCAGGAGCAGGUUCAUCAUGUGCCAGUAACCCAAGAAACUGGUGGGAAGGGGUUGAAUAUGCAGGUCUAAAUGCAAUUGAAGCAAGAAGGUAUAGGUGGGUUCGUAUGAAUCAUAUAAUCUAUGAUUAUUGUCAAGAUAAAUCGAGGUACCCAAUCACCCCACCAGAGUGUUUUGCAGGCAUUUAAAGACACAACAAAAAAACUAUGCAUAUAUUAUGAUACAUUAAUUCAACUCGUCGGCUACAACUAGUGGUUCACAACAUUCGUGCGAUAUCUAUUUACACUGUUUUUGUUGUACAAAAUAAGUGUAUAUAAUAUAUAUAAAAUUAAGGCACAAGUUAGAAGGGGUAUAAGUAAGUUGUAUAGGUCAAAGCCUCUUCUGGUUCUUUGUGAUGAUUGUUUGUGGUGUAUAAAAAAAGUUUGUGGGCCAUAUUAUGAUCCGACUGAUGAAUAAGUACUAUUUACUUAUUUAUUCAAUUGUUGUUAUAUAGAAGUGUCAAUUGAUGUGGAAUAAAGUUUUCCUCUGUUUCCAGCGAGACAAAAACGAAACAGUGGUUUGAUUA